GUUAUAUUAUUUGUGUUAUAGUUAGUGCAUAAUUAAUAGGUGCAUAAAUAAAACAAUUUUGUGAAUGGUUAAUUUUCUUUAAUUCUUCGUUAAUCAUGUUUUCUAAAAUCAUAUGGAUCGCCAUCAUCACAGUAUCAGUCGCAUCACCUCUGCCUUACGAAUCAUCAACGAAGAAACCAGAUGCCUUCAUAUACAUAGUUACAGAAAAACCAAUAAAUACUUAUUUGCCUACUCGAAGAAGUCAUCACUCAAGCACUCCACAAUAUUACCCAACUCGAGAAAAUGAUCCUGUCCCUGACGACGCCUAUGGGCGGACUUUUGGAAGGAAGCAACCAUCCGGUGUGAAAGCUCAAUGCCAUGAAGCUUGCCGUCUUCAUGGCCAAUAUAAUAAAAUAAAAAUACGUCAGAACAAGGGGAAGCAACCAUCCGGUGUGAAAGCUCAAUGCCAUGAAGCUUGCCGUCUUCAUGGCCAAUAUAAUAAAAUAAAAAUACGUCAGAACAAGGGGAAGCAACCAUCCGGUGUGAAAGCUCCAUGCCAUGAAGCUUGCCGUCUUCAUGGCCAAUAUAAUAAAAUAAAAAUACGUCAGAACAAGGGGAAGCAACCAUCCGGUGUGAAAGCUCAAUGCCAUGAAGCUUGCCGUCUUCAUGGCCAAUAUAAUAAAAUAAAAAUACGUCAGAACAAGGGUAGGCUUUUUGUUUUCGCCGCCGUAUUGGCCGUAGCACGUGCUGGAGUAUUGACAGCUCCAGAAGUACACAGCUACUCCACAAGCUACUCAGCACCAUUAGCUUAUGCCGCUGCUCCAGUCGUCGCCAAGGCUCAUUUGGCAUAUGCUGCUCCUGCUCAAUAUGCCUACGCCGCACCUGCUCAAUAUGCCUACGCCGCACCUGCUCACUAUGCUACCCCAGUUGUAGCUAAACCUGUAGCACCAGUCACUUAUGCCGCCGCUGCACCAGUUGUCACUAAAACCGUAGCACCUGUUACCUACGCCGCCGCUGCCCCAGUUGUCAAGACCGUAGUUGAUGGACCAGCUGAAUACAGUUUUGGAUACUCCGUACAAGAUUCUCUGACUGGAGACUCAAAAAGCCAACACGAAACCCGUCUUGGUGACUCUGUAUCCGGAUCAUACUCCUUAGUCGAUGCUGAUGGCCACAAGCGCACCGUAGACUACACCGCUGAUGCCGUCAAUGGAUUCAACGCUGUUGUUCGUCGUGAACCUCUUGUACCAGUUGUAGCUAAAGUAGCUGCUCCAGUUGUAGCUAAAGUAGCAACUCCAGUCGUUGCCGCCCCAGUAGUAGCCAAGACCGUAGCCGCCCCAGUAGCUUAUGCUGCCCCAGCUCCAGUUGCAUACUCCGCCCCAGUAUCAUACGCUGCUGCUCCAGUGGCCUACGCCGCUGCUCCAGUAGUAACCAAAUCCUAUGCCGCUCCAGUGCAAUACACCACCUACGCUGCUGCUUCUCCAGUUGUAGCAAAAACUUUUGCUCCAGUAGCUUACGCUGCUCCAGUCCAUUAUGCAUCUGCUCACUACGCAGCUGCUCCAGUUGUUGCCAAAACCUUAGCCUACGCCAGUCCCGUCCACCACGCCACCACUACCUACCAUCACUAG